AUGAAGGCCGGCCAUCUUUUCACCACCAUCCUGGCGAUCGCCAGCACCACACUAGCCGCCCCAGCCGUGACACGCCAGCAGACUCGUGCUCUGUUCUCGACCAACACGCACGGCCGGCGUCAAAUCCCGGCAGAAUGCGAUCUCGCGGGGCUUGACGACGUAGUGCUCCCCGUGGCCAACCCAGCGCUGCCAUCGCCAGGUGAAGACCAGUGGCUGGCAGCCGUGAUUAUCGGACGCGGGGUGCAGAACUAUACGUGCGCAGGGAACGACUCAUCGGCCGCGCCCGUCGCCACCGGCGCCAUCGCGACGCUGUACUACGCGUCAUGCAUCGCCGUGCAAGACCCAGACCUGCUCGCCGCACUGCCGGGCGAGGCAUUCAAGCUCCCCCUCCCCGCCGACCCACUCGACGACCUGGUCUGCGGCGCCCAGCCCAUCGAGCGCGCGGGCUUCCACUUCUUCAACGCCGCCAAGACGCCCACGUUCGACUUCCGCGAGUCCGGUGAUGAGGAUCUCGGCCUCGGCCUCGUCACCGUCGGCGCCCGCUCUCCCGCCCCCAAUGCUGCCAGUGACGUGCCGUGGUUGUUCCUCACGCGUGCCGCCGGCAGCGAAGGACCCAUCCAGUCGAUCUACCGUCUCAACACCGUCGGUGGCGUCGCGCCUGCUACGUGUGCUGGCCAGCCCAAGGACAUCAGUGUCGAGUAUGCCGCGCAGUACUGGGCUUUCUCUUCUGAUCCGUAG